UUUUAAUUUUUUAUAGAAUCAGUCUCAAACAAAAACAUAUUAAAAUACAUUACGAAAAUGAGCGUUAAAAAUCCAAUAGAAUAUGAAGAAUUAUCUACUGAAGAAAAUAUAAUAUUAAAAAAAGUUAUACCAGGUUUACCUAGCAAACUAUAUAAAUUUGGAUCGAAAAAAUUUAUUUACAGGUCAUAUUACUCAACCUACAAAGAAACCUAUAAGAAAUAGCGAUAUUUGGAUAGUAACAUUACCCAGAUCAGGUACCACGUUAACUCAGGAGAUGGUAUGGCAAAUAUGCAAUAAUUUGGACAUAGAUGGAGCUGGCAGAGGGUAUUUAGUCAAACGCUAUAUGGUUUUCGAAUUUGCAGCCAGAUUUAAUGAAGAAGAAUUUAAAAAACUCGUGGAAUUUAACAAAGAAACCCCGAAACGAUUUAAUGACGCCCAGGAAAUAUUUACAAAGACGUGGGACAGAAAUUGGCCUCAGGACAAACGGAGGUUCGUGAAAACUCAUCUGCCGAUAUCUUUAUUGCCCCGUGACCUUCUAAAGUCAGGAUGUAAGAUAAUAUAUGUUGCCAGAAGCCCUAAGGAUAUGAUGGUAUCAAGAUAUUACCAUAACAGAUGGCUAUUUAAAGAUGGAGAAAAAUUUAUACUUACAUUUCCCCUAUUGGGAGCACAUACAAGAAGGCUGGGAACUAAGAAACAACAAAAACGCGCUGUUCAUGUACUAUGAAGAUAUUGUUAAGUUCCCAAAAGAGGCCAUAAUGAAAACAGCACAAUUCCUGGAAAAACCGUUGACCGAAUCGCAAGUCGACAAACUUGUCGAUCAUCUAAAAGUCGACAACUUUAAAAAGAACGAUGCAGUUAACAGGGACUACCAGGAUUUCAUGCCCAAGCCUGCUGUAGAAGUGGAAUUUGUUCGAAAAGGAAAAGUGGAUUCCGCCAAGGAAGAGUUAUUCGACGAAAAACUGAAUAAAAGGGCUGAUGAUUACAUUAGGGAGAUGUACAAAAAAUACGAAUUUAGAUUUCCUAAUUAUAUAUAAAUUUUAGUUAAAAAUGCUUUAAUUAUGUUGUGU